AUGACGGAUGGAGAAACUGGAGGAGGCAGUCGCCUAGAGCGCUUGCGACAAAAGCACAAGGCUCUUCUUUCUACGAGUAGCCGAAAGAUUGCUGCAUCGCGCGGUCAAUUGGGUGAAGGGUUUGAAGGAUCUGGGCGUAAGUUUUUCUUAGACCCAAAGAAACCUGAGCUUGACGCCACUGCUGAAGGAGAGGACGAAGGACGAGAAGGAACCAAGCCCAGACACCCCCACACGACCACUCAGGCGCUGAAGGAAGAAAACAAGAAACUCAAGGAAGAAUUGAAAGAAAGUCAAGCAGAACGAGAAAAGUUGCGUAAGAAUCUUUCCAAUGUUGCUGUUCAGGUGCAAAACGCUUCCAAAGCCAUUCUUUCAACCAAGGUUCACGAGGCGAAUGCCAAACUUUCUGCCAUGGAGAUUGACCUGAAGGAAACCCAAGAGCGAUUGGAAGCGAAGGAGGCAUCUCAGAGCGAAUUGCUCACUCAGAUGCAAAAGUUACGCAAGGAGAACGCAAAGUUGGGAUCUCAAGUGCGACUACACUCCCACAGUAUGACUGGCACCAAGAACAACAAGAUAAAAGAACUCUCAGAGCGUAUUGGUGAGCUUGAAGAGAUCAAUCGGGAUCUCACACUGGACAAGGUCAAGCUGGAGGCUCAAUUGAAGAUUGAAGAAGAAGAUGGAUACGAGGGCAUGAAAAAGGCCAAGAAACGAGGUGACAGGCAGUCAUCUAAAGAGGACAAGGGCCUUGCGCGUAUCAGACAGAGUAACAUGACCAUGAUUCAAACCCAACUGGCAGUCUCAUCUGCCCAACUCACAUCGGCCGAGAUGGAACUAGCCGAUAAGGAGCACGAAAUCGCGGAACUCCAACGAAGUGUUGAUGAGCUGCAAAAAGACAACUCAAGACUUCGCAAGGCCAAGGGAGAGAUGGUUGAUCCAAGCAAAGUGAACGAACUUGAAAAGGAAGUCAAGGAGUUGGAGUCUGUCAACCAACAGCUUGUGCAAGAAAAGAUGGAGAUGUCCUUGGGCUCAAUCCAAGAGGAUCUUGAACUGGAGGACGACGGUGCAUCGGCAACCGGUUCUUUAGGCAGCUCGGUCGUCCCUAAGCCCAAGACAGAAAAACGAGUCAGAGAUUCAAACGUCACUAUGAUGAAAACUCAAUUGGCGCUCGCCAAUGCUCAAGUUUCAUCCACGGAACAAGAAAUGGCCGAGAUGGAACAUGAGCUCAUGGACACUCAAAUGCGAUUGUCGGAGGCCAACAAGGCACUCGAUACUGCUAUCAAGCAAAAGCGAGAGGCCGAAAAGAAGUUGCAAGAGGAGAUCAACAAGGCUCACGCUCUGGAAAAGGAGCAAGAGAAGGCGGUCACCUUGUCCAAGGCGGCCCCAACGCAGGUUCCUACCAACAUUAAUCUCGGUGUUGGCAACGGAGAAAUUGGUGGUACCUUUGACUUUGGCCAAAUUGCCGCCGAAGCUGACGCUUCCGUCAAGAUCAUUCACUUUGGUGGCAACGAUGACCAAACAGCCAAAUCAGCCAUGACGGGGUACACAGAUGCUUCGUCCAUGGCACAAACCUACGCUGUCACUAUCGUCCAAACCAAAUUGGCCGAUUCUCACGCCAAGUAUGCUGAUCUCGAAAUCAAGUACAGCGAACUCCAAUCUGCCAUGGAUAGUGCCAUUGUGGAGAUUGGUAGUAAGGAAACAUCGGCCGAGCAACAGGCAACAGACUUGGCCCAAGCUCGUGACAAGAAUGCCGCGUUCAAGGCAGAGAUGGAAAGCCUCAAGGCACAAAUUGCCGUCCUUGAGGAUAAGCAAAUCAAAGCCAUGAAGCGAAAAAUGCGCAAAGCCCGACGCGCCGAGGAGGAUGCAGAGGAUGAGGAAGAAGAGGAAGAAGAAGUUAUUCCACUCAUCGAGCACCGAAGUACGGUGGCCAUUCUCAACACCAAGCUACAAGAAGCCAAUGUCAAGAUGACUGCCAUGGAGCGAGAAAUGGACGAAUUGGCCGACAUGCUGGAGUCCACGCUCAUUGAUGGUGAGGGCAAGCGGGCCAUAAUAUCCGGAUUGAACGAAGAGAUUUCGGAAACACGCAAGGAAAACGCCGAGCUGUACACUCAAGUGCAAGAAUUUGAGGCCAUGAACGAGGUCUUUGAGGGCGCCCGCAUUUUGGAAUUGGAAACUAAAAUGAUGGGACUCGAGAUGAUGAACCAACAACUCAUGUUGCAACAAUUGGAAGAUGAGGAUGCUGCCAACUCGGCGGUGUCAUACGGCCUCAUGGAGGAAGAAGGAGAUGGAGAAGAAGCAGCCGGAGGCACCAAAGUCGAGAAACUUGAACGAAAGAUUAAAGGAUUGGAGCAAAUGAACAAGACUCUUUCGAAUCGCAACUUGAUGGGAGGCAGUGCCCACAAGGCUUCAAGUGCACCUGAUGCUGAAGCAAUCAGUGAAGCAGCUAAUAGCGACGAUGACGCAUCGGACUCUUCGUAA